AUGCAUUUGGAACGAGGCCGGGGCCUUCAAUCAGACAAGCUGGGCGGCAUAGACCUUUUGAAAAACCUUACGAUCCGUGCUGAAGCCCUCCUGACUGAAUUCAAAGCUUUUCAAGCACAUCUUGAGUCUCAGCAGAAGCAGCAUGACGUUGAAUUCAGAAUCUUCAGACGUGGUGUUGAGUCUGAGGUAAAGAGCCUGACCAAGAUCACCCAGCGAAUCUCCGUCAGCAACAACACUGUCGAUGCUUCCGACUCCGAAGUGGGCGAACCCACCCAAUUACAUGCUCUACGGAGCUCCAAUCUGUCAUUUUAUGAAGCAGUUUGGGGGGUUGCAAAGACGAGCCAUGCGAUAAGCGCUCUAGGAAAGAGGGUUUACGUUGAUCGUCAGCCUUCCAGUAUCAAUGAGGCACAGGAAAGUUUGAAAGGAAAGUCGCUGCCAUCAACACGCAAAGAUAUCCUUGUUGAUAUUGUCACUGAGAAUGGACUCGAGUGGACUAAAGUCUCUACCAUAAGUGAAAAAAGACUACUGUUCGAGAUGGCAAAAGAAGGAUGGGAGAGUUAUGGGGAUUUCAGCAAUGACAGCGAUACAGACGACAACGAGCUACCACCCCGUCGAAAACCCAGUAAACUGGAGCUUGUUCGCCUUGCUGAAGACCUUCAAGCUGCGUCACAAUCUGUACGAGUCCAUUUCCAGCAUCCGCGUGUCCGCUUUGUUUUACCGAACAUCAAAGAAGGGGCAUACCCCGACAUCGAUGCAUUCCUGGCGGAUAUCAGGGCAACAGGUGUGAGCAUACAAUGUGGAGUGUUGUCGAAAGAUGUUCAUCAAGAACGGGGAAGGCCUGACUUCGACAGGAUGACCCCGGCACUUGCACCAGUCCCUUUAACACCAACCAUCAAUAUUGACUGUACAAUACUCUUGGCCUUGAUCUCUGACAUAUCCCAUCUCCGGCGUCACGAUAUGUCACCAGGCUGCAAUCCCACUUCCGCAACUUUUCAUAAAGCUAUUCAACGGCAGAUUCAAUCAGAGGAGACCCAUCCACUGCUGCCGGAAGAGGUCUACCCUUGCCUAUUGAAUCGGAGCCUUCAUUGUACCUCUGACGCUGCACGACGAAUGCGUGAAAUCGUCCAGACUAUGGGUACUGCGACUGAGCAGCUCCGCGCCGACAUCAUUCUAGGAGAAAGAUCGUUCGAUAAUCGGUCAGCUGCAGAGUUACGACUCGCGCUUAGUGAGCAGUCUAGACACGCUGUAUCAGAGAACCUCAGAUUGCCGAUCAGUAUAGUCGACUUCAGUUCCACAGACUACUUAUCGAUCAUUUCGAGUGAGGGGCCGAAGACUACUCGACAUAACAGGUUUCCUUCCUCGAUCGCUGCUCGAGCAGCGUCUAAACUCCACCUUACAGAUAUCAAUACCUCGGUAUUCAUGUAUGGUUGGGCACAUGAAAUUGUCACGAUUACGAGCAAUCGAGUUGUUGCGAGUGCACUUCUGGCUUCAAUAAAUGACAUGCUUGAUGAAGGAGAGCGACACUGCUGGAACCCGAACGAGGGUAACGAAGACUUUAUAGGCCCGCAUAUCUAUGUGUGUGAGACGGCGCGGAGUUUGGUCGGAAAGGCAAAGGGUAAAGCAAGAGAAUAA